CGCGGCGGCGGCGGCGAGGAGCGAUGAGGAUCAGGAAAGGGAGCCAGGUGGAGGUGUGGACGCAGGAGGCGGGGUUGCCGGUGGGUGCGUGGCGCGUCGGGGAGGUCACCUGGGGCAACGGCCACUCGUACACCCUGCGGUGGCACGACGGCGGCGGCGAGGUGUCCGGCCGCAUCUCGAGGAAGUCGGUCCGGCCGCGCCCGCCGCCCGCCCCGGUGCCGCGGGACCUGGACGCCGGGGACAUGGUCGAGGUGUUCGACGACGACGACUGCCUGUGGAAGUGCGCCGAGGUCCGCGGCCCCGCCGCCGGCGCCGACCGCCGGUUCGACGUCAAGAUUGUCGGCGCGGCCAAGGUCCUGACGGUCCCGCCGCAGAGGCUCCGCAUCCGGCAGGUUCUCAGGGACGACGACGUCUGGGUCGCGCUCCACAAGGAUAACCAGAUCGCCGUCCCGAGCACGAUGCCGUUUCACGCCAAUGGUGGAGGCGUUGGCAUGGGCGCCGGCAGAUGUAAAGGCUGCUACAAGCCCAUGCUGCCAGGCUCAACACCGCUGUUGCAGAAGAGGAGCUUCGGCCUGUUGGGUUCUAAGACAAUACCCAAUGGCAAGAGAUUUGAGGGCACCACCAAGAGGCCUUGUGCCAAGGAAGAGCCCAGAUAUGAAGCAGAAGUGAUUGUCCCAAACGUGUGCCUGAACAAGCAGGUUGAUAUGAGCACCGAAGAUUGUGAUGUGGUUACAGCAGGCAGUAAUUCCGAUGACGACCACCAGCAGCAGCAGAAGCAGCAGAACAAGGUGGACUCCGAAGCUGAAAGCGAUAGUGAGUCUGACUCAUCCUUGGAUGGCAGCAGCAGUAGCAGCAGUAACAGCGACAGCAGAACCAGGAGCAUGGAAGCCGGUGAGGAUUGCAAGGCAGCUCAUGCAAGCAGGCCUUGUAACGAUCAGAAGGCCGGUCAGCUGCAACCAAGCGAGAAAGAACAUUGUGACAGCGUGGCUGAAUCACGUGGUAUUAUCAAACGCGAGAGCGAGACCCUGAACGAUCAGAAGGCGACGGUGCAGGAACACAUCCACAAUCUGGAGCUGGAGGCCUACAGUAAUCUGAUGAAGGCGUUCCAUGCAUGCGGCAAAGCGCUGAGCUGGGAGAAGGUGGAACUGCUCAGUGACCUCCGUACGCAUCUCCAUAUCACAAACGAUGAACACCUGCAGGUGCUCAAUGUGAUCUUGAAGCGCAAGGGGAGAUUUGCAGGAUCUCAAUUCUGA